GUUUGGAAGAUGGAGGUGGAGGGUCCUGCCAAAGAGGCCGUGCCUGCGGACUCACUCUUGAUCCGAAAGGGUCCAGCCUGCCGGCAAACCCCGCCUCCUCCCCUCCGCACCAGUUUUGGCCGAGUCGACGAAGCAUCGAAGACAAGGUCCAGAGACAACAGCCAGUCACAGAGAUAUCUGCGCGCCAGAUGGCCUUCCCUUGCAGCGCCCUGCCCUGCGCGAUCCUCGCUGCUCUUGCGGCACAGGCAUGGGGCACGGCUGUGACGGUGGCCACGUGGAACGUGGCCAGCAUCGAUUGGGCCACCGCCGAGCAGCUGAGCCAGCAGAUCCUCGGCUUCAACGCCGACGUCGUCCUGACGCAGGAGGACGUCGAGUUCGAGCCGCAGCACAGCAGCAAUGGCAUCAGCCUGGAGGGCUACAGGAGGGCUGGCGCCUGCCGGGCGGAACCGCUGUGGGACACGAUGAGUGCCUACGCCUUGGGCGGCCGCUAUCUGCAGAACGCGGUGUACGUCCGCGAGAGCACCAUCAGGGUGGUCCGCAGCUUCAGCCAGAGCCUCUCCGACACGUCGCCGAACCCGCGCUGCGCCGCUUACGUGGAUUUCGUGCCCGCCGACGCGCCCUUUGGCGAAGCGGAUUCCUACGUGGAGCCCUUCCGCGUGGCGAGCGUGCACCUCACGGGCGGCUUCUACGUGGACGGCAGCUGGCGGAACUUCACCGUCGAGAAGCCCAAGCAGGCCCGCAGCGUGCUCAGCUGGCAGCCCGACAUCGCCGCGGGCGACCUGAACUCGUUCUCGGUCGCCGCGCAGGUCGCUGAGAGUCAGGGGUCGUACAGCCCGUUCGUGGAGGCACAGAGCGCCGGGGACGUCGACGAGUACAUCGGCUUCCAGACCGGAGGCGUCGACGAGUUUCUGCGCGGGGGAAUGUACAGGGUGCCCGCGGACGGCGCCACCUCAAGAUGGGGAGGCACCGUUGAUCACGUGUUCCUGCGCAACUCCGCGCGGGUCGGCUGGGCCGCGGGCCAGAGCAGCACCGUGGGGACCUUCAGCAGCUCCGACCACGCGGCCGUGGUGGCCACCGUCGAGCUGUCCUGGGGCGCCGCAGCACCGACGGGCGGCUCGACGCAGGAACUGCCCGAGGCGCGCAUCGCGAUGAUCGUCUCCUGCGUGGCACUGUCGCUGAUAGUGCUCGUCGUCGGCGCAGCCUUGUGGCACGACGUGGUCCGCCGCCGCGCCGCGAGCACGGAGCGUGAGCAGGGGCCAGUGGUCGGCCAGCGGGCGACUGACGGCGAGGUGGACAUCGAGAAGUGAGUCGUGUGAGGAGGAGGAG